GAGAUUUCAUUCUGCAGCACUCGAGCUGCAGAAUGUUUAUAUCCUAACAUUUGAUAAACCAGUUAGAAAACAGUGGUAACGAAUUUUAUGACUAUGGAAGUGUCUCAUUACUGAGGUAAUCCCUUUCAAAUAAGACAGUCUUUUGGUGUGUGUGUUCAUUUGACAAGUGACCGUGCCGACCGUGCCUCAAGGCGCUGGCGCUGUCCCAGUUGCUGAAAGCGCUGGUGUUGCGUUUCUGUAGCAACCAAGGACCAAGUUUAGUCUCCACCGCCAGCACCGAUUUCUAAUGAGAACGGGAAACGCUGAGUGGUGGACGAAAGAAGCCUAGUGCGGUGAAUGCUAAGCAACUCGCCGCCACCGACCGAGGUGUGGGUCCCGUUAACGCGAAUAAAUGGGAUAUUCCGUUGGCCGGGCAGGAUGUAAAACAUCGUUUGAAGGAUGGGGAAACAAGGCUUCUCUGCGGCGGCACUGCCACUGCUCGUUCUGGGCUGGCUCACGGUAUCCGUUACCGCUGGUGACUCUGCUCUGUCGGCUCCUGUCAAUGUGACGAUCAGAGAGCUGGAGGCGAACACAGCCAUAGUCACAUGGGAGAUACUGGAAGGAGAUCCUGUCAUCGGAUUCGCCAUCACACAACAGAAGAAGGAUGUGCGCAUGCUGCGGUACAUCCAGGAAGUGAACACGACCACGCGCUCCUGUGCACUGUGGGACUUGGAGGAGGACACGGAGUACAUUGUCCAUGUCCAGAGCAUCAGCAUGGGAGGUAGUAGUCCUCCCAGCGACCCGGUCAGCUUCAGAACUCCCAGAGAGUCUGAGAAACUGGCCUCCACGGGCCCAGAUGAGGUGAACAGGGAGGAGAUGGAGCAGGCAGUUCAGCUCAGAGUUGGAGAGCUCAUCAUCAUCGUAGUGGUGCUCGUCAUGUGGGCAGGUGUGAUCCUCCUGUUCUGUCGUCAGUAUGACAUCAUCAAAGAUAACGAGCCCAACAACAACAAGGACAAAGCCAAGACUUCGUCAGAGUGCAGUACGCCCGAGCACCCACAGGGGGGGCUACUGCGCAGCAAUGUCUGAAACCAGCCCCCACUGGCCACUCACCUAUAUGGCAAUAACCUCCAAUCCUAUUUCUCAGGACAGGUGAGGCUACACAGCCAACCAGAACCCUCAUACCUAGGGCUGCGUCCUGAUUCUCCAUACUUCUCCUGAAGUGUGCGUGUCCUUGUAUCUGCAACAUGACGAUCACCACUACGAUGAUGAUGAGCUCUCCAGCUCCGAGCUAAGACCCCUGACACCAUCUCCUCCACCAAUCAGCACCUCAGAGACUACAGCACAGCCCACCCAGGGAACCCAGCCCACAAUGGACCACAACCACCCAUCGUCCAGAGUGGGGAGACUGAAGAGGUGUAGGGUGAAGUUGCCCCUAUAUACGCUGAUCUGAUCCUGGGUCAGUUUUGGAUUUCCCCCCACUAAUGGUUAAGGUUAGGAUUGGGGGGGGAGAGGAAGCUGAUCCUAGAUCAGUACCUAGUGGAAACUUAACCUCCGGAGCAGAGGAGUACACCUCAACACUAAAGCCCCGUCUAGAAACAACUCCUCGCUACUACCAUCUACCCCCCCUGGACAGGUGGAGAUCUGGGCCUGGAUUCAGAAAGUGUCUCAGAAUAGGAGUUCUGAACAAAGAUCAGUUGUGCCUUUCAGAUCAUAAUACACACAAGGUUACAUGGACACGGGGGGACCUGAUCCCAGACGGUUUGAUCAAUAUGCUGAAAGUUCUAGCUAGCCUAUCACAGGGCAAGGUGAAGUUAUUUAUCAUAUUGCUUAAACCUAUCAAAUCAUUUCAGAUUGCAACAGAUGUCUAAGGGGGAAGGGGCUAGUGAUUGUUUCUCUACAAUAUUAUGUCUAUAUACAGUGUUAUAACGAUGUGCAAAUAGUUAAAGUACAAAAGGGAAAAUAAAUAAACAUAA